AUGCCAUCCGGUACCUGUACUCUGGAGCUCACCGCCGUCGCAGAUGAUCUGCUUGCAGGUCAAGGUCUCAAGCUUCUAACCUGUGAUGUUCUCCAAAAACUAUGGCAAGGAUAUGGUUACGUUUGCCGGAUCAGCGCCAUGGACAAAGCUCAGAACAAGCAAUCUUUAAUCCUCAAGUAUGUCAAACCGCCAUUGACUGGGCAAGUCGAAUCCGAAGGUCACAUCAGGAAGAUUAUCAGCUACGAGGUAGAACAGCAUUUUUAUUCCGACCUGGCUCCACAACUUCCCCGAGAUGCGGUCGUUGCGCAAUGUCUUGCCAGCAUCAACAACAAUGGCAAAGUCGCACUCUUACUCGAAGACCUACAAAGAAACUUCCCCGUAGCUGGCGAGAAGCGAGGAACUCUGAACAAGACCCAAGUCCAUGCUGCAAUCAAGUGGUUAGCUACCUUCCACGGCUUCUGGUGGGACAAAACGCCUGAUUUGAGAAAUCACGGCUUCUCCAGACUACCUCCACUCGAAGAAGUGUUGUCGCAGCAAGACAAGGGAAGAAGCAAAAGGGGCGUCUGGCUCAAUGGGGGUUAUACGUAUCUUGCUACUCGCAUGUCCGAAUAUACCUCUUUGUGUCACGAUGGCGAGCAAUCUGAAUGGUCCACUUCACUCUGUGUUCCUCUUCUACCCAGAUCAAAUUACAGUAUUGCUCAACUCGUCGCUCGGAUUCUCUCUCCUGCGAACGGCAUUCUUCGUGAUUAUGAAACUCUUAUCCACGGAGACGUCAAGUCGGAAAAUCUCUUCACGAACAAACCUGGAGAUGCUGUGGCAUUUUUUGAUUUUCAAUAUGUGGGUUUUGGUUGUGGAUUGAGUGAUGUUGCGAAACUUUUUACUUGCUCUGUGGAGAGGGAUUUGUUGUUGUUUGAUGAAGAAGAAGAAGAAGAAGAAGAAGGCGAAAAUGAAGAGGAGAGGAUGGGGAUGGCGAUGGGGAUGGGAAAGGGAGAAGAACGUUUGCUGAAGCACUAUCAACACAUUUUGGAGAAUGUGUCGGGCAAGAAGUUUUCGUGGGAGGUUUUGGUUAUGCAUUGGCAAACUGCACUUAUCGACUGGUUACGUUUUCAAGCUUCUUGGGGUUUCUGGGGAAAUACGGAAUGGCUGGAAGCUCGCGCAAGGGCAAUUCUCAGUAAUCAGGACUGGUUGGAUUGGAUAUUAGAUGUUACUUCUACUUCUACUGCUGCUGCUGCUGCUGCUACUACUACGGCCUCGUAG